AUGACUAGUUCAUCAGAAAUGACUUAUUUUAUUAUCGGUGGUAACCGUGGGAUUGGUUUUAAUUUGGUCAAAAUUUUAAGCGGUUCUACGGAUAAUACUGUUAUAACCUCUAUUCGUGGAUCACCUUCAUUGCCUAAGAAUAAACAAGUGGUGGAUUUAGCAAAAAUCAGGAAGAAUAUCCAUAUUGUCCAGCUUGACCUUACAGAAGAUGAAAGCAUUGGCAAUAUUGCAAACGAGAUCAAGAAAACGCCAUCCUUUUCGGGUAUUGAUGUCUUUAUCGCAUGCUCUGGAAUAUCUGAUUCUUAUUACGAGGUCUUAAAAACUCCCAAAUCGGUGUGGCUCAAGCAUUACAACACAAAUGCCCUCGGUCCGAUACUAACCCUUCAAAAAGUUUACCCAUUGCUUCUUUUGAAAAAGGCACGGAAGAUAUUCUUUAUCUCUAGUGUUGCAGGGUCUAUCAAUGGAUUUGUACCAAUUUCUGUUUCCGCUUAUGGUCAGUCGAAAGCUGCCUUGAAUUAUGCAGUAAAAGCGCUCAGUUUUGAGUUGAAACCGGAGGGUUUUACUGUUGUUGCUUUUCACCCGGGUAUGGUAUCUACUGAUAUGGGCCAAUCUGGUAUUGAUCACUUUAAAGAGAAAAAUAUAGACGUAAGCGGCAUAGAUAUUAUCACACCGGAAGAAAGUGCCUCUGCGUUAGUUAAUGUCUUUGGAAAAAUUUUACCAGGGGAUAAUGGGAAGUUUUUCAACUAUGACGGCAGCGAAAGCGUCUUUUAG